CUGAGUGAUUCAAUAGAAAGUCUUCGGUGACAAGGCUUGUCCAAAAACGGGAUAUUUUGACUGGGAUUUCUCGUGUUGGGGGGCCUCCUUGGUUUUGUUAACCGAGCAGGGACGCUAUGGAGCACUACCCGGAUCAGCAGGCGUACGACGGCAUGGAGCUGCUCGAUUGGCUGUUUGAUCAAAACGACGGAAUCCUGCGGAACGAGGAAGAGGGACAUUGUGACAACCAGCAUCACCGCUGGCCCGAUCAGGAACCAAAUCAGAUGCUCCAGCUGGCUGAACAGGCCGACGCCGACUUCAUCCACGCUCUCCUGAGUGGAGGUGAAUCAGCGUCGGACUCGCCUCUCUGGUCCCCCGCGCCGAGCGACAGCGGUAUCAGCGAGGACCCGCCCUCGGACCAGAUGGAUAGCCCCCAACGACCCGAGAGCCCUCCCUGCGAUUUUCAUUGUCCUCUGAGGGCGCAGGGCAAGGCAGCGUUGGAGGCCCAAGUGCCCAUGAAACCCAACGUUUGGAAGGUCGAGCUCCCCGCCGACAGGACAAGAUUUCCUCAAUAUUCUUCGGAUGUAAACAGAGCGCCGCUGUGUUCUGGCUCCAGUCUGACUGUUAAGGAUCUGCUGCUGAGCGGCACGGCCGAACCCCCUCCGCAGCCAUUCCUGCAGUCCGUUCAAGAACUGAUACUCAACGAAGAUGAGAAGAAACUACUCGCCAAGGAGGGUGUGACACUGCCAAGCCAAUUGCCGCUCACCAAGUAUGAAGAAAGGAUCCUGAAGAAAAUACGCAGAAAGAUUCGCAAUAAGCAGUCAGCCCAGGAGAGCCGUAAAAAGAAGAAAGAGUACAUUGAUGGAUUGGAGAGCAGGAUGGCUGCAUGCAGCGCUCAUAACCAGGAGCUGCAGCGAAAAGUUUCUCAGCUGGAGAAAUGUAACAUUUCUCUAAUAGAGCAGUUGCGCCGGCUCCAAGUUCUCGUCAUGAAUACAUCCAACAAGCCAGCCCAGACUGGGACAUGCGUGCUGGUGCUCUUGUUGUCCUUCUCCCUAAUCCUCUUACCGAACCUCAAGCCCUACGCUGACACCAAAGUCAGCCAAGGAGACUACAGCCCAGUCAGAAUCCAGUCACGGUCCCUGCAGGACGUGGAGGGCUCCCGCAUGCUUCACAUCAUCGAUCCCCCGUUGCAGACCCAAGACGAACCGAAGCCUUUGCACCGGCAUUUCCCGGGAGAUUCGGGAAUGCAAAUCACCACCCUGAUGGGGAACAUGAAGCUGAACCAAGAACUGGACGCAAUGUCUCCGAACCGCAGUCACGGGGAAAGCCUCGGGGGGCAUUUCCACGUGGACCCGGUCACUGGCCACAUAGCCACGGUGACAUUGGAUCCAAAACACUCCACCAGACUCCCCCCAAACGCUGAUGACAUGUAAAAGAAGCUGCAAUUCCUUUGAAUUGUCACCAUCCUUUUCAUGGAGCUUUUUUUUUUUUUUUUUUGUAUGUUUUGUUUUAAUCAUGUCAUGAAUAUCCUAUAGCCGUAGUCUUGUUUGCCCUCUCUUCAUUGUCCCACAUCCUGUUCUUUGUAUAUGCGUUACUGAAUUUAUGUGAAACUGAAAUUAGUUGUCAACUUGCAUCCUCUUGAAUUAUAAGCGAUACCAGCUGUCUGAUCUCACUGGGUAAUUUGUUAUCUACACUGAACCCCUGUUUAUUGUGAGGGACACGUCGCAGACUUUUACGGGAAACUUUGUGAUAGGAAAUACUUUAGAAAUGUUUUUUUUUUUUUUUUGUAUACUGACCUACUGUAAACUAAUUAAAAACGAAUGUUUCUUAUGACCUGUUCUCAGACUUUCUAACAGUUCUCCUUGUUCAAAUUUACUGAAGACUGACAUUAAAAAAAGAGAAUAAAACAAUGUACAGUUUUCCUGUUGUUUCGUGACCAUGGAUGUAACUCAAAACACUCAUAUCAAAUCGUCUUUUCCCAUGGCAAUGAAUGUAAAUUUUAUGAACCC